AUGGGUUCUGUGAUGUUGGACUGGAGGUUAUCAUGUCUUCUUCUGCACGCAGCUGUUUUGCUGCUGCUCAGCAAGGGGGAGAGGAUGUGCCCUGCAAGUUGUCGCUGCGAAGGAAAGAUUGUUUAUUGCGAAUCUGGCAUCUUCCAAGACAUCCCAGAAAACAUCACCACAGGAUGCCAAGGUCUGUCUCUGCGCUACAACAACCUGCUGGUUCUGUUGCCGUACCAGUUCGCUCAUCUCAAUCAGCUUAUCUGGCUUUACUUGGACCACAACUCCAUCAAUGCUAUAGAUGCUUUAGCCUUCCACGGUGUGCGCAGGCUCAAGGAACUCAUCCUCAGUUCCAACAAAAUAACCCAUCUGCACAACAAAACAUUCAGAGCCAUACCAAACCUGCGAAAUCUGGACUUAUCAUACAAUCAGUUGCAGUCUCUGCAGCCAGGACAUUUUUAUGGUUUGCGCAAGCUGCAAAAUCUCCACCUUCGAUCUAAUGGCCUGAAACAGAUCCUUAUCCGUACCUUUCUGGAGUGCCGCAGCCUGGAGUUUCUGGACUUGGGUUACAAUCGCUUGCGGAGCCUCACCCGCACAACAUUCUUAGGGCUGUUCAAGUUGAAAGAGCUUCAUUUAGAGCACAAUCAAUUUUCCAGGAUUAAUUUCUUUAUUUUCCUGCGUCUUACCAACCUCCAGGCUCUUUAUUUACAGUGGAACCGCAUACGAUCCAUCAAUCAAGGCAUGACCUGGACCUGGCACAAACUACAGAAAUUGGACGUGUCAGGGAAUGAAAUCCAAAUCUUGGACCCAGUGGUUUUCCAGUGUAUGCCGAACUUACAAAUACUCAACCUUGAAUCGAACAAGCUCAGCAGUGUGCCUGUGGAAGCUGUGGCAGCGUGGACUUCACUAACCAGCAUCAGCUUGGCAGGUAAUGCCUGGGACUGCACCCCCGGCAUCUGCCCUCUCAUGGGGUGGCUCAAAAACUUCAGAGACUCCAAAGACAUCAGUAUGAUAUGCAGCAGUCCAAAGUCUGUGCAGGGCGAAAGAGUUGUGGAUGUAGUGAGGAAUCACUCAACAUGUGCGGAUGUGUCAUUUGUGUUCUCAACCACUGCUCUCAUCAUUCUGACGUCCUCCCAAGCUAGACUAAACACGUUGCCUGUCCGCCCUAGUGGGACAGAUAGAACAACAACAGAGUCCACAACCAUGAGCUCCACAUCAGCCAUCUCCCUUGAACCCCCUACAUCGUUUAUCCCAGAGCUACAAUUUGAACACAUGGCUUUCCAUAAAAUCAUUGCAGGCAGUGUAGCCCUGUUCCUGUCAGUGUCAUUGAUCCUUCUGGUUAUUUAUGUGUCGUGGAGGCGCUACCCCAACACCAUGAGGCAGCUGCAGCAGCACUCAGUCAACCAUAAGCGCAGGAAAAAGGCCCGCAAGCAGGAGCAGGACCUUAACUCUCAGUUGCAAGAGUACUAUCUGAGCUACCAUUCAAAUUCAGAAACAAUGGACUCUUUGGUGAAUGAGACAAGGCCGUGCACAUGCACCAUAUCGGGAUCCAUAGAAUGUGAAGUCUGA